AUGUCGGCGGUAGCAUCCUCAUCGAAACAGAACGGCGAGGCUGCCCAGCCCGCCCGCUACGCACUUGCCGAGGCCAUUCUCGGCAAAGAAGCCUUCAGUCGCACCAACACCGCCAAGAUUCUCGUCGUCGGAGCAGGUGGGAUCGGCUGCGAGCUGCUCAAGAACCUCGUCCUCACCGGGUUUGGUAACAUCGAGAUCAUCGACCUCGAUACCAUCGACCUCUCGAAUCUCAACCGCCAGUUCCUGUUCCAGAAACAACACAUCAAGAAGCCCAAGUCGCUUGUAGCCAAGCAAACGGCAUCUUCAUUCAACCCGCUCGUCAACAUCUUCGCGCACCAUGCUAACAUCAAGGAGCCUCGGUUCGGCGUCGCCUACUUCAAAGGGUUCGACCUGGUGAUGAACGCGCUGGACAACCUGGACGCCAGACGGUGGGUGAACAAGAUGUGCGUCGCCGCCAACAUUCCGCUCAUCGAGAGUGGCACCACGGGCUUUGCGGGGCAGGUGCAGCCCAUCCGACCUGGCAUGACGGAGUGCUACGACUGCGUACCGAAAGCGACGCCCAAGACAUUCCCAGUCUGCACCAUCCGCUCGACCCCGUCCACGCCGAUCCACUGCAUCGUGUGGGCCAAGAGCUGGCUCUUCACUCAGCUCUUCGGUGCGGACGACGAGACGGAGGACGAGGAGCUCAACAAGGCGGUGGCAGACGGCGAAGACGCGCAGGAAAUCGACAGCCUGCGCAAGGAGGCGCGCGAGAUGCGCGACAUGCGAGCAGCGUUGUUCGCAGCAGCAAAGAACGGCGACAGCGACAAGGUCCGCAGUGUGGUAGAGCGGAUCUUUAACAAGGUCUACAAGAACGACAUCGAACGUCUGCUGGGGAUGGAGGAGAUGUGGACGCACCGACCGGUCAAGCCCGUUCCGCUGGUGUUUGCGGAUGCCGUCCAGGGCGUCUCGAGCGUCGGCAGCAACGGUGCAGCUCCCGCACCUCCCGCCGUCGAUUCCACCGCCACUACCUCGGCUGCCGCACCAACCACUUCAAACGGCAGCACCGACGCCUCGACGCUCAAAGACCAACGCACUCUCACUCUACAAGACAACGUCCAACUCUUCCUUUCCUCCGCCUCCUCGCUCGCGGUCCGCGCCGCCUCCGACCCGACCAACCCGCUCUCGUUCGACAAAGACGAUGACGAGGCGCUCGACUUUGUCACCUCGACCUCGAACCUCCGCUCGAUCGUCUACCACAUUGACCGCAAGACGCGCUUUGAGGUCAAGCAGAUGGCGGGCAACAUCAUCCCCGCGAUCGCCUCGACGAACGCCAUCAUCUCGGGCAUGCUCGUUCUGCAAGCGUUGCACAUCCUAUCGGGCGAAUGGGAGAAGACGCGGACGGUGACGCUGGCCCGUGGGUCGGAUCGGUACAUUGCGAGUUUUGCGCCUGGGGAGCCGAGCAGCAAGUGCGGCACGUGUCAGGACGUCUACGUCCCCGUAACAGUGUGCGGGCUGGAACGGGUGACGCUGGGAGAGGUGGUGGAGAAGGUGAGGGGAGCGAUGGGGAUGGAGGACGAAGAGGUGGUGGUGUACGAUGGGUCGAGGAUCUUGGCCGAUCCGGAUUUCGAGGACAAUUUGGAGAAGAGUUUGAAGGACGUGGGGUUGCAGGUGGGGAGCAUGCUGACGAUUACCGAUGAGGAUCAGAGGUUGCAGGCUGUCAACGUGGUGCUGUCUGUCGAUCGGGAGGCGGCGGUGAGGAUCCUGGGCGAGGUGGCCAAACCUAAACCGAGAGCAGUGGACGAACCACCCACGAGGGACGAUAGCGAUGACGACAUCGUGGCCGAGGUAGACCCCGCGAGCUUGCCAGCAAAGGAGGUGAAGAAGACCCAAGCAGCAAAGGAGCAAGUGACGGGCAUCGCGGGGAAGAAGAGACCUCACCCGGACGACGAGCCGACGUCGUCCGAGGCAAAUGGCGUCAUCGUCGAGGCGAGCACGCCGGAGAAGAAGCAGAGGACCCUCAAUGACGGCUCCAAUGCUCAGGCUGCUAUCGAGCUCGAUUAG